AUGAGAAGAAAAAUAUCGUAAACUCAUGAUAAGCUUGAAAUUACUGAAAGCAAUCUGACUAUGUCUAAGGAUGUAAUCAGACCUGAAAUGACAACUUUUAUUCAGUAAUUUAUUGAACAAAAUAGAGAAGAAAGAGAAUAGGAACUUUAAUAAAAGGAAAAGAUUAAAGAAAAACUUGAGAUAUUAACUUAAGAUGAUAUCGAAUAAGAUAUAUUAGAGGGAAAUAAUCCAACUGAUAUGAGAAUAACUGAUAAAAACAUUAACUAAUAGAUUAAUACAAAAAAGAAUGUUUUAAAGCCUAAUACUAAUCUUAUUUUCCAAGCUAGAGAGGAAAUUAAAGAACAAAUUUCAGAUUAAAAUGAACUAGAACUGAACUUUUAAGAAUGCUAUUAGCAUAAAUUAGAUGAAGCUCUAGAAGAUUAUCACUCAUAUUAAAAGAUGGUAUCUAAAUUUUAACUCAAACAGCCAGAAUUGGGCGACACUCGCUAAUAAUUCUAUUAAUAACAUUAAUAAAAAAUUUAAAACUUUAUGUCUACAAAUAGUAAUAACAAAGAAUCCUAAAGAAAUACUAAGUAGAGUGACUUAGUGAUAAAAUUAAACUUUGGAAAUGAUUUUGGUAUAUUCAAUGAUAAGUAGCAAGAAAUCAUAAUGAAUUAAGAUUUAUCAAACAAAAAUAAAGUUAGGAUAAUCCCGAAUAAUUUCUAAGAUUAAUAGUGA